UCAGGUUUCGAAGAUUUUCUCAUUGAAGCUUUGAAUCCACUCUCUUUUGCCCUUUUGAUCGAUACCCACAAAAUAAAAAUUGAAAUUGUAAAGUGGGUCGAUUCUCUUUUUUCUUUUUCUUGAAAUUUUGAAGUUUUGCCCUUAAUUAGUUGUUUGAGGGUUAGGGUUAGGGUUUUUGAUAGUGGGUGUUUCCUGUCUUGGUGGAAUUUUCUAGGGUUUUUGUUAGAUCGCAACUGGGUACUGCUCCAAUUCUGCAGUUUUGGACUAAUUAGGGUUUGUCCAGUGCAAGGAACUGGGUAGUAUUGGGAUCAUCGCGGCCCCGCAUCAAAUGACCAUAAGUUCCCAUCUUUCGGGGAAUGGAAUUGUGCAUUGGGCAGUGCCGGGGUGAGUACAUGAACUCUGAGAUUGCAUAGAAUUAUGGAAAGCACUGUUUUUCUGAGCAUGGAAGAAGAUUGCACAUAUUGAAUUCGGUGCAGGAGUGAUCAGAGACUUGCCAAAUCGGUGUUUUGGCGCAAAAGGGUAUCUGUGUUUUCACUGCUUUUACAUGCUUGAUCUUCAGCUGCGAAUGAAUUUGGUUUUAGGAUUUGGUAAUGAGGACGAGCUGAUGAUACUGUAUUGGCCCAUAAGGCGACAUAGAGGAUUAGAUUGUAGUGGACUGUUUUCGUUUCUCAAGAAACUGUUCGGGUUAACUUAGUUUGAACAAAAUUCUUAGAAAAGCUUCUCCAGUAGUUAGUCCAUUUGGUUUUUUUGUUGGAUUUUCGUUCAGAUUUGUGUUCAGUUGUUUACAUUGAGGUGGUGCUUGUGUUGAGCCUUGAUUUUUCAAGUAAGUUUGGUGUGAUAUCUGAUUUACCUGCCUGCACAUCUGUGUAGAAAGGAUUAAAGGAUUGGUUGAAGUGACUGAGAAGCUAAUAGCAGAUUUUUUGUGCUGGGAAUGAAUGCGGGGACAUGGUGCAUGGACAGGAGCAUAGUUGCUGGAUCGUUCCCUUUCUGGAACAGUGUUACUGGAAACUAAUUCAGGAGUUUUCUUCUUUGGAAGAUACUGGUUUUUGGUACUGUCAGGCUUUAUGCAAUGUCGCGCUGCUUUCCAUUUCCUCCACCCGGAUAUGAAAAAAAGGCUAGGGCAGAUGAUGUGGACUUGCUGAAAAAGGAGAAGCACAGAGAAAAGAAGCAUAAGAAGGAAAAGAAGGACAAAGAGAAGAGACAGAGUAAAGAAAAAAGUGAUGGAAAGCAUCGGGAAAAGAAAGACAAGAAGGAAAAAAAGAGAGACAAAUGGAAGGAUAAGGAGAAAGACAAGGACCUGGUUAAAGACAAAAUUAGUACCUCAGAUGAGAAGAGAGUUCCAGGAAAAAACAAGGGUCAUGGUGAAGAGAGAUACAUUCAGAAAGAGUACAAGGGCAACUGUAUUGACAAGAGAAUUACGGGAAAAAUUGGAGGUUAUCAGGCAGAGAAACUCGGUCAGUACCGUUAUCUGGCUGAGCAAAACCAGAAUUCUGUAUCGGUGGAGUUGGGUACAAGGAGUAAACAUGAGGCCAGGGCAAUUGGUAACCAUCUGGUUGAGAAGAUUACUGAAUUAGACGGAAACAAGGAUGAGGGGAUGGUUGGAUUGCUGACCAAGGGUACUGACAUUUUGGCCAAAGUUAAGGAAAAGAACAAGGAUAGGAGAGUUGAUGACAGAAGGACAGAUGGGCAAGGAGUCAGGGGGGCAGCACAGGUUAGUGGGAACACGAUGGUUCAGAACCUUCUUGGUGUGGUUGAACCUAAAGUUGGACUUUCCAGACCAUUGGCGAGCAACGUGGAUAGAAAGAUUGUUGGAAAAGAAAAGACCAAAGAGAAGGAAGGUGGUGACAAAUGCAAGGACAAACAUAGAGAGAAGAAAAAACAAGGGAUAGACAAGGACAAAGAUAAAGAGAAGAAAAAUGAAGCGAAAGCAAAGGAGAAAAUUGAAUCUAAGAAAGGAGAGUCAUAUAAAGAGAAGAAAAAGGAAGAGAAAGCAAAGGAGAAAAAUGAAACUAAGAAUGCAGAGCCAGAUAAAUUAAGAAAGAGCAAUAAAGAGGAUCACAUAGAUUCCCAUAGUGUUAUAACCUCCCAGCUUCCAGAGGACAGCAACAAAACUGCUGGUGCUGAUGGAAAUCUUAAGAAACGAAAGGACAUACAGAUGAAUGGAGUUGUGCAUGCCGAUGAUAUUAGGCCCAGUAAACUGUCGACCACCUUCUUCCUCUCAUCAAUUGCCAGUAAAUGGAAGAACACUGGAACCUUGCCAAAAUUCCAUCCCAUAUGUGUCAGAUAGGCUGGGUGCAGCAAAUAACAUUAAGGUGGACGUUAAGGACUUCAAGAUAAAUGGUAGUGGUGAAGCUCCGUCAUUGGCCAUCUCCACUACAAAGCCGACAUCUACAGCUACACAGGCUGUGCCUAUUGCUGAAGCAUGCAUGAAACC